GGUAAAAAAUCUAAAAAAACAUAGAACAACCAUUAAACGUGUUAGGAUAGGUAAAGUUAGAUAGGUCCAUGGAAUCCCAUAGCAGUGAAAUGUGCACUCAACUGUGCGACUGUUUGGAAAUUAGGAGAAGCAAACUUUCAAUUAUAAAAAGGAGAUUGUAUAUGCUGGAACGAUGAAUCCCUUUGAGGUUGUUUCACGAUUUGCAAAUGGAAGCCUUUGUGGAGCCACCUUCAAAUGUUUUGUCGGAGUUCAGUUCUGGAAGCAUGGAUUCAAAUGCCAGCUUUUCCCACGAAGACGAUACAAUUUCGUGGACAAAAACAAUCACAUUCGGUCGAAUUGCGCGACGUAAUGUACUUGUAUUGCCGCGGGAAGUCUGCAGGUUCCUAACGGCCUUUCCUAGGAAAAUCGAUAUUUUCGAUGCAGAUAUGGGGAUUGUGUACCAAGCAGAACUACGAUGCGCGCUGAGAAAUACAAAUGAGGAGGCAUACAUAGGGGUUGGAUGGUACGAGUAUGCAAGACAAAGAAGGCUGAAGAGAGGCGACAAGCUGUCCUUGAGGAUAAAUAGGGUGCCGCACAUAUUGGUCGUUUGGUUGUUGAACCGUUGAAGGAGGGAGUGUAACCGUGUUUACUUGUAUUUAUGUUGUACUUGUCGAUAAUGUAAUGGAUGUACAUUUUGGAUGA